AUCAUGACAAGUACACUUCAACAACAAACACCUGUAUUCCCCAUGUCUGACAAGACAGAACAAAAUCCAGGCUUAAUUACUCCACCCAUGUCUCCUAUUGAUACUACGUCGCGUCCAGUGACAAACAAAAGCUCAUUAAAGAUUACAGCAGGACAAACAGGCUUACCUUGGCUAACACAUGAUGCUGACGGAGACCAUUUCUCGCCAAUUAUUCAGCAAUCACCCGAAGAAAAUACAGCCAUUACGUCGCCACCACCCAAAUUUCUGGCUCAUCCAAAAGCGACAUCUAUUAUUAGAUUUCCGACCCGAAGGAGAACUAUGCAAAAGUAUAUUUAUACCAUGAAGGAUGGUUUAGAUCCAGUCAAGGUAUUGUGUGAUCGACUUAUGAGUUGGCAAAUAUCUGUUAAAUAUCUGAAUAGCAUGUUUCAAAGUAUAAAAAAGGUUGAAUUCAGCACGGGAAAAGGGUACAGAAAGAUCGACGCCAAAUUCGCAAUUCCCAGCAAAAUUGAAAACCAGUUCAAGUCAUCAGAUGGUGUAAAAGAUGCAUGGCACGCAUUUCGACAAUACACACGAGAGAAUAGUUUGAUUCAUCAAGAUUUUGUUGACUAUAUUGAAAAUGAAAUUCUUCCCAUCCUACACAUCAUGUUGAGGGAUAUACACCUACACAUGCAGGGGAUGAAACACAACAAGCAAUUGUACACAAAUUCUCUCUGGGAUUGCAGAAAGCAGGCUGAUAGUGUAAUUACUCGACUAAAUACUGAUAUCUAUGCCACUGUCAACAUCCAAGAGAAGCAAAAGUCUCCCUAUGUCACUCCCAAGAGAGACCCUUUACUCACCAAACAAGUUGUGAUAAACACUAUUCAAAAGCUAUAUAAGCAAGAGAACCGUUUACACAAGGAAUUUUUAGACACCCAAGAUAAAUACCGCCAAUUCGAACAGGAAAAGAUUAUCAAUGUUUACACUGACUUAUUUCAAACCUUUGAAAACUAUCGUGUUCGUCAUGGGCUUGAAAAUCUGGAAGGUGUGCUUAAAGUAGCCUCUAUCUUUAAUGCGAUUGAAACAGAUGCUGAAUGGCUGGACUUUUUACACCACCAUGAAAACGAUUUAGUAAAAAGGUCCGCCGCUUUCAAAGAUGAAGUUACCUUGGACUUUCCUAAUGUAGGUCAUCCCCUUGUACAACCUGCUAUGAUGGGCAAUUUACAAAGAAGUCAUGGCAAAAAAUGGAUUGAAGAGUAUUAUGUCUUGAGUUCAGUUGGAUUAUUACAUCGGUACAAAUCAAAAAAUGAAUAUCUUCAAGCCCCUUUAAAGCCUCAAGUGACCAUGUUUAUUCCACAAUGUACUAUUCUUGUGAAUCCAACCAGUCAUUUGUUAGAACUACGAGGCAAAACGACAGGUGGACUAUUUGGCAGCAAGAAAUUCUUUGCAUUGUCAUCAGAGGAUCCCAAUGCGCUUCGACUUUGGAUUGAUAUUUUGGAUCGUAUGGCACUUCAAAAACCAAUUCCUAUCAUGCCAAGACAGGCGCCUGUUACUGCUACUACGGUAGACACUCGUUCUAUCCAUUCUAAGGUACUUGCAGAAGAUGAAGUGCCAAUGCAGCCAAUCGUACAAGGUACUUCCAGCCAGCACAUGAUUGCUCCCAUCACAAAUACAGCAAGCCAUCUCGUUUAUCACGAUGACGACAACGACGAUGAGGAUGACUUUAGAAAUCAGACAAUCGAAUAUUCUACGCACUCUCCUAUAGGCGAAACACCUCCUGCUGUUGUCCCACCACAUGGACCUGAUGGAAAUUUAUUAAAGACUCCACCUGGGAUUACACGAGAAGGAAGUGAUUUGUUCUGGGAUACAGCUACAACCAACUUGGAUAAAUAAUCUGCCUAACUAAUGCAUGUUAUUCUUUUUUUCUUAAUGUUUAAUUAAUAAUAAAUAUACUUACUCUAAUCCAAGCAC